AUGUCUUUCAACCACGCUGUUUUUUGUUCGCCUUUGUUGCCUUUUUUCUUUUUUCCUUUUGCUUUAUUCCUUCUUUUCUUCGUUUUGUUCAGUUUUUACCUUUUUCUCUUUACCAACUCAUUCACCUCUUUUCUUUCUUUCCUCCUAGUCAAGUCUUGGGCCUAUUUCCUUCUCUGUUUCUUUUUAUGUCUAAUUUCUUCCCUUUUUUAUCUCUCUUUAGGCCUACUUUCCUCCUUUUUCUCUCUUCCUUUUCCAAUUUUCAUCCACUUUUUCUCUUUUUAUAUGAAUUUCCGCCUUUUUUCUCUAUUUUCAUUUUUAGUCCUUUUCUUUUUACCUUCUCUCUCUCUUUCUCUCUCUCUCUCUAACUAUCUAUGUACUUUUUUCUUUCUUUCUUUUCUUUUGUUUUUUCUCUUUCUGUUUUUUUUUUUUCUUGUUUUUUCUUGUCUUUCCUUUUCUUUCAUUCUUUUCUUCAUUUUUUGUUCUUUCUUGCCCGUCUUUUCUUUCAUUCUUUUCUUUUUCUUUCCUUUUUUCUCUUUCUUUCUUUUCUUUUAUAUUUUUUCCUUCUUUUUUGUGAUUAUUUUCUUUUUCUUUUCUUUCUUUUUUUUCAUUUGUUUCUUUUCCUUUUGUUUUUUCUCAUUCUUUCUUUUCUUUUUUCUUGCUCUUUCUUGUCUUUCUUUUUCUUUCAUUCUUUUCCUUUUUCUUUUCUUCUUUCCUUUUUUCGUUUCUUUUCUUUCUUUUUCAUUUCCAACCAGACAAUCCGUCGAGUAUAUUUGUUUCCCUCAUAUUUCUUCGAUCUUCAAAAUAAGUAUCUUUGACGCCAUAUUGAUGAGCCGAGAGACGUUCAAUGCUCCUGGCCGUCUAUACACCCGUCAAGACGUCUAA